UCGUACUUGCGCUUCAUCACGAACAUCAACAACACAGGCCAAUGCUUUACCGCCCGCUUUUUCAACUAUUAGAAUAUAUGUAUUUAUUUUAUACAUGCGAAAUAUUUGCGAAACAUACUUGUAUGUAUGUAAAUAUAAAACAUUGUGUGGCGAUUUCUUUACUCACUUUCUUCUGCGGCUGUGUAAAUAGUACCUGGCAAAUUGGGAUGUGGAUCAGCUGUUUUGGCUGCUACUACAACAUUAGCACCGUCUCGCGCAGCUUUUAGCGCGAUUGCCUUACCAAUUCCACGAGACGCUCCCGUAAUAAAUAAUGUUCUACCACGUAAAGUGCUAAAUUUAUAAAAUUUAUGAGUAUUUAAAGUGCCAAGUGUUGCAAUUUCUUUACCCAACGUUCUGCAUUAUAAUUUAUGUAUAUAAAUAAUUUCAUCUACUCGCAAGCCUUCAAUGAAUACAACUGAACUAUAUGGCUAACAAAAUAUUAACGCAACAAAAGUAGCUGUGAACAGGUUGUUGUAAAGAGGGCAAAGUGUACGGCUGAAGAUAACGAAGAGAGCUUUUAUAAAAAAGUUAAUAUGUAUAUUCUUCUAUGAGUACAUAUCAUAUUUACGAAAACAUAUAUGUACAUAUGUAUAUGCAAAGAAUAAGCUCUAUUUCACGCUAACAAAACCAACAAAAGACACGAAAUAAAUAGUUUAAAUAAAGUUGAAAAUGUCAAUCGUUACACUGAGCUGGGAGGAGUUUCUUCAAGAAGCUACGGAGUUCCAAAAGAUUUCUGAGCGCCUGGAUGACACUUGGACUUUAUACAAGAAGGAUGAGCAAGAGGGCAAUGCUUAUCUUAUUUACGAACAAAAAACAAUAAACACUGUUGAUGAAAAAAGUGGUAUUGAUGCUCUAAAAGAGACUACCGACUGUAUAGAAAAUGAAACUGCGGCGUUGCCGCCAAGCAAUGAUUUACUCAAAAUCGAAUAUCACAUUGUUUACAGUAUUUCUUAUCAAGUGCCUGUUUUGUAUUUUCGCAUCUAUCGUAAUGACGGCAGCAUGUUGUGUGUCGAAGAAGCCUGGCGCAUUUUUCGUGACUACAGCGACGAUGUCAGCAAUGCCAGUAGUGUGGAUGCAACAGCUCCGCGAAACGCUGCGGAUAUGCUGAGUAUUAUGACGCAAUUGGAUCACCCCGUGAUUGGCAAACCAUAUAUAGCAAUACAUCCCUGCCGUACGGCGGAGUUGCUGGCGCAAGCGGGCAACAGUCGUAAUCGUAUACUCACAUUUAUCAGCUUGAUGGGACCGUAUGUGCAAUUAAAUUUAUGCAAUGAAUAUGGCAAGGAGUAUACUGAUAGCUAGAUUGCUAAAUAUUGACCAAAUUGUAAAAAAAAAAAUGUUUAAAAAUAAAAUCUACUUAUUUUCACAAAUUAAA